AUGGCAAUUCAAUUUCUCGGAGUGUUAGUGAGAGCAGCUGUUGCAGUGGGUUCUAUCGCAGUCGGUGCCUUCAGAGAUGCCUACAAACAAGCAGCUGCUAGAGGUGCUGCUGCAGGCGCUGCUGGUGCCAAUACUGGAGCUUUUGGACAAAAAUUAGACGUUACCAAAUCACAACCAAUGACCAUGAUGGAAGCACAAAAGAUUUUAGGAUUACCAAAGGUUGCUGAAGGUGAAACUGUGGAUUAUAAUCUCGUUCAAGAAAAAUUCGAUAAAAUGUUCAAGAAUAAUAACCCAAAGACCGGAGGAAGUUUUUAUAUUCAAUCUAAAAUAAUAAGAGCUAAACAAUUUAUUGAAUAUGAACUGAUAAAGGAAAACAAAUUAACUGAAGAACAAAGACUCACAUUUGAAGAAAGGACAAAGAAUAUUGUGGAUCAACACUCUUCCGAAAAUUAAGCUCUCCUCUUUUUCACUUUUCCAAUUUCCCUCUCUAAUUUUCCCACCAAUUCUCCUUUUAAUAAAAACUCAAAAAAUUCAA